AUGGCGUCCCUUCUUGCCCAGGUCGAGCAGACCAUCAAGCUGUCCAGGGAACAUGCGCUUCAAUCCGUCCAUGCCGACGGCCACUGGUGCGGCGAGCUCAAAUCCAACGUCACCAUCACCGCCGAAUACAUCUUCCUCCGACAGGCGUUAGGGCUCGAUCUGAAGGCCGACGGCGCGGCCUACAGUCGCCAUAUCCUGUCCGAGCAGAACGACGACGGCUCGUGGGGCCUGGCGCCCGAACACCCAGGCGAUGUAUCGACCACCACCGAAGCCUAUCUGGCAUUGAAGAUCCUGGGAACAGACCCCUCCGUGCCAGCCAUGCAGCGAGCCCGCGACUUCGUCCUCCGAGCCGGCGGCGUCGCGGGGGUCCGAGUAUUCACUCGCAUCUUCCUCGCCACCUUUGGCCUGUUCCCAUGGGACGCAGUGCCCCAGCUGCCCGUCGAGCUGAUCCUCCUGCCCUCUGUCUGUCCCAUCAACAUCUACAAACUGGCCUCCUGGGCCCGCGGCACCAUCGCCCCUCUGCUGAUCAUCUGCCACCAUCGGCCCGUGUACGCGCUGCCCUACGACCUCGACGAGCUGUGGCAGGAUCCCACGAACAAACAUGUCUCCUACGGCCCGUCACUCUGGGAACUGCUGUCCCAGCGCGACAUGGUCGGCCUCGCGUUCAGCGUCGUGGACAAGCUCCUGUCCCAGCUAAACGGACUGCGCUCCAUCCCGCUACUACGCCCCUACGCCCGUCGCCAAUGCAUGCGCUGGAUCCUACAGCGCCAGGAACCCACCGGCGACUGGGGGGGCAUCUUCCCCCCCAUGCACGCCAGCGUCUAUGCGUUCGUGCUGGAAGGAUUCGCCCUCGACGACCCCCCUGUCCGACUCGGCCUGCAGGCCCUGGAGAAUUUCGCGUGGGAGGACGAAAGGGGCAAGCGGAUCCAGGCCUGCGUCUCCCCUGUGUGGGACACCGCGCUGAUGGCGAUCGGGCUGUGUGACUCUGCCUCUGCUUCUGCCUCUGCCUCGGACUCGUCACAUUCACACUCGAUCCCCAGCACUAGCCACCAGACCAACCGCAAAGCCCUCUCUCGCGCGAUCGCCUGGAUCCGCACCCGCCAAUUACUGCACGCCAGUGGAGACUGGCGGAUCUAUCGCCCCCAGCUCCCGCCGGGGGGAUUCAGCUUCGAGUACGCGAACAGCUGGUACCCGGACGUGGACGACACGGCGGCGGUGAUCCUAGCCCAGAUCAAGCAUGACGCGGCCAGCAUCACGUCCGACUCGGUGGUCGCGGCCGCCACAUGGAUCCUGGGCAUGCAGAACCCAGACGGCGGCUGGGCGGCCUUUGAUGUCGAGAACGAUCAGCUGUUCCUGAACAAGAUCCCCUUCAGCGAUAUGGAUAGUCUUUGUGAUACGUCCUGUGCGGAUAUCACCGGACGGGUUCUGGAGGCGUUCGGGCUGAUGAUGAAUAUGGCCGGUCUCCUCCCCGCGCUGCGUGUCGCAUCUGCCCGCGGGAUUUGGUACCUGGCUGCGACGCAGGAGACGAAUGGGUCGUGGUUUGGUCGGUGGGGAUGCAAUUACCUCUACGGGACGGCGCACGCGCUGUGUGGGCUGGCGUAUUUCACAGAUGUUGAUAACCAUGCGCGCGUGACGGUGUCUGUGUCUGUAUUAGGGCUAGUAUCAGCAGGCGUGCGAUGGCUGAAGACGCAGCAGAAUGCAGAUGGGGGGUGGGGUGAGCCCAUGCUCUCGUAUCGCGAUCCAAAUCAGCAGCCACAGCAGCAGCAGCAGCAGGCAUCGACCGCAUCGCAGACUGCAUGGGCCCUAAUGGGCCUGUUGGCGCAUUUGCCCGUCACGGAUCCGGCGAUUGAACGCGGCAUUCACUGGUUGGUGUGCGCGGCAGCCCCGGAGGAGAGUGGCGGCGGUGUUGGCGUUUCGUGGCCUGAAGCUAUGGAUGAUAAAACCACCCCAACUACGUGCCUUGUAACCCUAACUAUGGGCCUCUUCUCCCUCUUCGGGCGCGCGCGCCCAGCAACCGUGCCCACCGACCGCAUCAUCCCCCUGCGAUACUGGGACGACCUGGACUACCUGCGCAACCUCUGCCAUGACUUCACCUUCCGCUUCGACGCCGUGCUGGAUGCGUCCAAGCUCGAGGCCGCACUGUCCCGGUUGAUGGAGAUCGGGGACUGGGGGCAACUCGGUGCGCGUCUGCGCAUGAAUGACAACCGACAACUGGAAUACCACAUCCCGGCGGAAUACACGCCCUCGCGCCCGGCCUUCAUCUUCACGACGACAACCUACCCCGUCGACAUCGCCGACCACCCGCUGGCCUCACAGCUCCCCCAGGCCGGGCACAACCAGUCUCGCCUGCAUCUGCCCUCACCCGCCAUCUUUGCCCCCAUCGUGCGCCAUCCCACCAGCCCUCACCAGCUGUCCGACUGGAUCUACACCGACCGACCGCAGCUGCACAUCCACGUCGCGCUGUUCGAGGACACCACGCUUGUGACCACCAGUUACGUGCACACCCUGUUCGACGCCAUCGCGCGCACCUCGUUCUUCAACGCCUGGCUCGCCGUCCUGAACCACCGCGAGGACACCAUCCCGCCCUUCGUCCCCUUCUCGCACGAUCCCCUCCGCGACCUCGGAAAAUCCACCCACCCCGAGUCCUUCGUCCACUACCCGCGCAUCCUCCGCGGCCUCGGCCUGAUCGUUUUCGGUCUGCGCUAUCUGUUCGAACUCCUCUGGUUCCGCUCCGAGGAAGAGCAUCCCAUCCCUCUCCCCAUCCCCAUCCACAACCCUAACCCCAACAUCCCCCCCUCACAACCCCAAUCCCAAUCAAAACAUAACGAUAAACCCCCCUUCCUCUCCGAAAACGACCUCCUAACAGCCUGGUACCUCCGCACCCUCACCCUCGCGCUCUCCCUCCCACCGCACAAACCCCUCUCCCUCAUGACCGUCUUCAACACCUGGUCCCUCUUCCCAGACCUCUUCCCCCGCAACGGCGCAGGCUUCAUCGGCAACGCCUUCUUCUACUCCUACACCCUCCUCACCGCCGGCGACAUCCUGUCUGACAAGACCCUCGCCCGCACCGCCCUCGCCGUCCGUCGCGCCCUUGCGGCUCACAGAACGAGGGAACAGGUCCACGCCAUGACGGCGUACCAGCGCGCUUCCUGGACCGGGACCCCCGCUGUUGUCGGGGAGCCCGGGCAGGUGUUUGUUGCGUGCACGAAUCAGGACAAGGCGGGGUACUUUGGGUUGGAUUUUGGGGGGGCUUUGGUGGGGAACAGUGCGGGUGGGGUCAGGCCGUCGUAUAUUAAUGAUAUCGAGCAUUGUCGCGGCUAUCCGACGCGCAAUGUGGUGAGGAUUAUUGGGAGGGAUGGUGCCGGGGAUUGGUGGCUUUUGUUCAAGACGAGGAGGGGUGUUUGGGAGGGGAUUUGGGGUGAGGUGGGUAGGGUUUGGGAGAUGAGGUAG